UCAUUUAGGUGGAAAAAGUGAAAUGUACAAAUACAGGAUGAGUGAUGCUUGACCCAACAAUAGUACACGUGAAAAAGAUCUUGGAGUCUUUGAGGACAACAAGUUGAACAUGAACCAACAGUGUGAUGCAGCAGCUAAAAAAGCCAAUGAGAUUUUGGGUUGCAGCAAAAGGACUACAGUGUCUAGAUCGAGGGAAGUCAUUAUCCCUCUAUUUUGCUUUGACAAGUCGGAAUGUGUCCAGAGGAGGACGAUUAAAAUGAUCAAAGGUCUGGAGACCAUGCCCUAUUUGGCAUAUGCUUAGCCUGCAGAAGAGAAGGUUGAGAGAGACAUGAUAGCCAUAUAUGAAUAUGUGAAAGGAAGUCAUAAAGAAGAGGGAGCAGGCUUGUUUUGUACUGUCCUGGAAACUAGGAUCAGUUCAAAUUACAGGAGAGGAGAUUCCACCUGAACAUUAGGAAGAACUUCCUGGCCAUAAGAGCUGUUCCUCAGUGGAAAUCUCUGCCUCAGAGUGUGGUGGAAGUUCCUUCCUUGGAGGCUUUUAAACAGAAGCUGGAUGGCCAUCUGUUGGGGGUACUUUGAUUGUGGUUUUUCUGCAUGGCAGAGGGUUGGACUAGAUGGCCCAUGUGGUCUCUUCAAACUCUAUGUUUCAAUGAUUUUAUGAUUAGAUUUUUGGACUACAAUUCCCAAAACAUCUCAAAGGAAGGAAUACGCAUCCUUAAAGAUGUUGUUGGACUGCAAGCCUUAGCAGGUCUUGCAAGCCAAGCCAAUGGUGUGGAAAAUGACUAGGUGUCCUCCAGCAGUAUCUGGUGAGCAACAUUAUUCCCAUUCCUUCUUCUAUGCAGGUACUCUAAAAAGUAAUUGAUUCUUAACCCAGAGAUAUGACAAACGUUGCUAUUUUAUAACUACAAAUGAAAAAAAUAAUCGGGACUCACUGGUUUACAACAUAAAUUGAUUUCAGAAAAGUGGGAUUAUUUUUGGAGAGUAUAGUUUUCACCAAUAAUACUCAUUAUCAGAAGCUGCUUCAAUCAACUAGUUGUGCAAUAACGUGUGUCAUCUUCAUGUAUGUUUUCAAUGGUGGGAAAUCUAGAUGUAUCUAAUUGUUGGUAGAGAUGGAGGUUUACCUAGGCACUACAGCCUUUAAAAAUUACAUACAGGUGUCCUUUGUAGUGUUGAAAGGUAGUUGUUUAAUCACCUGAUGAUGCAUUCUGACUUCUAAUGUUUCUCUUUGGUAUCAGAUCAGGUUCAGAAGGACAUUUAUAAUUGCCUGAAUAGUAUUGAAUACCUUUAUCUUAUUUGAUCACUUAAAAAUGUUCACAUUGUUAAAACAGAUGUUCUCCUCUCCAUUUGGCACUUUAUUCUGACUAGAAGAACUACCAACAACCCUUGAGCUCUCUAAGAGAAGAUUACUGCCCUACGUCUAUUGUGAUGACAUACUUGUGGUUUCUGUAUGAUUGAGUAAGAACUCAAUAACAGGAAAAGCUGAUCAAGAAAAGUAGCUGCUACGCCUGACAGGUAGUUUUUUCCCUUUGGGUUGGGCACUUAGACUUAGAGGAAAAGUAUAUCAGUAAAUAGCCAACCUAAAGAAAUUUAUUGUUCAAGUUGUCCCCAGUUGGAAAAGGUGCUUGGCUUAACACAAUAAGACCAUGUCUUCCAUUAAAAUUGAGACUAUUGUGAAAGACAAGAACAGGAUGGGAGAGUGCCCUGUCUGGGAAGAAAGACAGAAUUCUCUUGUUUUUGUGGAUAUCAAUUCGCAGAAAGUUUGCUGCUGGAAUUCAAUCACCAAGGAAGUUCAGUGUGUGCCUGUGGAUGCCCGUGUUGGCUCCGUAGCCCUUCGAAAGUGUGGAGGGUACGUGAUCACAGUAGGAACCAGAUUUGCCUUCUUGGACUGGGAAGAUCAGAACCUUAUUAAUAUCAUUGAUCUAGAAGCAGAUAAGCCCAACAACAGAUUCAAUGAUGGAAAAGUAGACCCAAUGGGGAGGUAUUUUGCAGGUACCAUGGCUGAAGAGACAGCGCCUGGGGUCAGGGCCCGGCACCAAGGGGCUCUUUAUACUCUCCCUCCUGACUGUUGUGUCAUGAAACAGAUAGAGCAGGUAGACAUCUCCAAUGGGCUGGAUUGGUCCCUGGACCAUAGGACCUUCUUCUACAUUGACAGCCUGACAUAUGCUGUACAUGCCUUCAACUAUGAUGUGUGCACUGGAGAAAUUGAUCGUAGUAGUUGCAAACCUGUCUAUAAACUGGAAAAAGAAGAAGCAAUGCCUGAUGGGAUGUGCAUCGACACAGAAGGGAAACUCUGGGUGGCCUGUUUUGAUGGUGGACGAGUGAUCCGUAUUGACCCCGAAACAGGAAAAAGAAUUCAAACGGUGCAAAUGCCAGCUUCCAAAAUCACAUCUUGCUGCUUUGGAGGGAAAGAUUAUUCAGAAAUGUAUGUCACUUCUGCUUAUGAUGGACUGGACAAGGUCAAAUUAGCCAAGGAGCCUCGGGCUGGAGAAAUUUUCAAGAUAACAGGACUGGGAGUGAAAGGAAUCCCACAGCACUACUUUGCUGGUUAAGUGUUUGUUCAUAAUGAUUGAUGAAGAUACACAGAUCCAGAAACAAAAAUGAACAAGAAUGGAAGAGUGGAGUUUAAAUGCAUAUAGAGUAUUUUUCUACUGAAUCCUGAUGUUGCUUUCAUAUUUUGCUGCUCUGUAAUUAUUUUCUUUUCUUUGUGACUGAUUCAGGUUUUAUUUAAUAGGGUAAAUAACAACUUUGAUGAGAAGGGAAGUUUUCAUCCAGAAAACUAAUUCAACCUUGAUAUUAUUAUAUUGGUAUUAUUGUCCUGGUUUUGAAUCCAAACCCUGAUAAUGUGGCUGAUUUUUGCACAGUUCAAAAUGAUGUGCUUGUGGAGGUUUUGCUCUCAAUGUACAGAAACACUUAAUUGGAUCCUGAAUUAGGAUUAGUAAUUAUAUUAGCACCAUUAUUUUUAAAAUAUAAUUUAGGCUCCAUUUACACUGCCAUAUAAUGCAGUGUAGAUGCAUAUAAUUCCAUUCAAUGCAGUUCACUGUAGUGUAGAUCCAGCCCAAGUCUUGUUCAUUUCAUUGGAUCUACAGGAAGUAUAGCAGACCUUGAACAAUUUGUUCUUUUGGACUAUAGCACUCAGACCCCUCAGUCAAUUUGACACUAGCCAUGCUGGCUUAGGGAUAUUGGGAUUUGUAGGUCAAAGCAAUAACCUUUCCAAGCUCUGUAGCAGACAUGUGUCCACCUAGACAUGCAUGGAGAAAUAUUCAGGAUCACCAUGUCAACUACAUGAACCUAUAGCAUUCCCUAGAAUCUGCAAUGAUUUGCAGAUUGUUGUUACAUGCCUUCAGGGAGAUUCCAGCUACUAAGGAAAAUGUAUUACAGAAGUUCUCCAAGGCUGAAAGUGUGUGACUUGCCCAGGAUCUCCCAGUGGGUCUUCAUGGCUGAGAGGGGAUUUGAAUACCCACAUGUCCCUCGCCCGUUUUGUCGGCAGUUGCAUUUUUUGGGGAAAGGGCCCAAAGAUGUAGGCACCCACUUACCUCUCCAUCGUUGCCCGAGGAAGUGUCUUGCAACGUUUCCUUGGCACUUGGGGGAUAAAUGGCCUUUGGGAAAGGGGACAGGUAGAGCUUGGAAAUAGUCACAUGCUAAACACAGUAUUUUAUAUACAUAUUCUACCCAUUUCAGUCUUUGCAUAGAUUAUUAAUAUGAAAAGGUAUCAAUAAAAUAUGUAUACAGUACAUGCACUAGGUUCAUUAAUGUGUUGGAUUUACAGGGUCAAAAGAAUUAGCAAGCAGUUGUGUCUUUGGAUUGAUUCUGGGAAUGCAGCCAAUUAGCUUUCAAAACAAAAAUAUAAUAUAAACAAGGGAUAACCCAGGGAAACUUGAAUAUAUAAAACCCUGACAACUAACCAGGUGCAAUUCAACCAUAUCAUGCAUGAAACAGAUAGCUAGCAGAGAAGCCCCAAGUAAUGAUUGGUAACUGAUUAAAAAAAAACCUCAGCUGCAAAAUAAACAAAUAUAAAAAGCAUAACUAAAUUCAUUUUUAAUUAAAUGAAAAGUAGCCUUGUUCAGAAGAGAAAUAAAAUUUGCUCCUGAUAGGCUGAUGAACAGACAAUGAGGGGUUAAAUAAAGUAUAAAAACAUGAUUUCAGGGAGGAAGAGGAUAAAUUAAGACAAGGAGUUCUUGUUGGAUAUUGAGUUAGGCUGCACAGGGUGUGUUUGUUAUCUGAUAGAUUAAUAAAAACAAGUAUAAAUUCAUUUGCACGUUAUAGAGUGCCUGCUAGAAAUGUAUGCCAGAUGCUGAUUUGAAGAAGUGUAGAUUCUAUAGCAGAAGAGAUAUACAGUACACUUAAAGAAUGGCAUAGUGGAUUAAGAAUGGGCCUAUGAUUCUGGAGACCAGGGUUUGAAUCCCUACCCUGCCAUGAAAAUCCACUGAGGGUGCACCUAUACUGUAGAAUUAAUGCAGUUUGGCAUCACUUGAACUGCCAUGGCUCAAUCCUGUGGAAUCCUGGGACUUGUAAUUUUAGAAGUGUUAGAAUAUGACUCUAGAGAUCAGGAUUCAAAUCCUGGGAGUUGUAGUUUUAGAAGGUCUUUAGUCUUCUCUACCAAAGUGCUGGUGCCUCACCAAAUGACAACUUCCACAAUUCCAUAGCAUUGAGCCAUGGGAGUUCACGUGAUAUCAAAAUGCAUAAAUAUUGCAGUGUAGAUUUACCCUAGGUGACCUUGGGCACCCUUGUGCUGGCAGGACUGCUGACCAAAAGGUAAGUGGUUUGAAUCCAGGGAGCAGGAUGAGCUCCCGUCUGUCAGCUCCAGCUUCCCAUGUGGGGACAUGAGAGAAGCCUCCCACAAGAUUAGAAACAUCAGGGUAUCCCCUGGGCAACAUCCUUGCAGACGGCCAAUUCUUUCACACCAGAAGUGACCUGCAGUUUCUCAAGCCACUCCUGACAUGAAAAAAAAUCCCUUAGAAUGCCCAGUUUAGGGCACAACAUAUGGCCCGCAAAGGCUAUCCCUUUGGCCCACAGAGGUUAGGGUCAGCAUAAUUUGGAAAUAAUUUGAAGACGCAUAACAACACGCAACAUUGUUCUUAGAUCAUGUAUCUCUGUGUUCUGUAAUUCUCCCUAAGGCAGUCGAUAACUGUAUAUAUUAAGUUGAUUAAUAAAUAGCAUAUACAAUCUAAAAAA